AUGGCUGCCACCGUCAACGUCGAGAACAUCUCCACCAAGACCAGCGAGGAUGAGAUCAAGAGCUUCUUCUCCUUCUGCGGAAAGAUCCAGUCGCUCAGCGUGAAGCCUUCGGGCGACGACACACAGUCAGCCUCCGUUACGUUUGAGAAGGCCGCUGCCGCCAAGACCGCCCUUCUCCUCGACAACACCCAGCUUGGACACAACUCGGUCCAGGUCACAUCAGCUAAGAGCCUCGACGAGAUUGCCGGCGAGAAGUCUGCCGCCGCCGAAGACGCCAAGGACGGCGACCACCACAUCGAGCAGGAGCAGAAGCCCCGCGCACGCAUCAUCGCCGAGUACCUCGCCCACGGCUAUGCCAUCUCCGACAAGGCCAUCGAGAAGGCCCUUGCAGCAGACAAGCAAAACGGCUACAGCACCAAGUUCAUGAACAUCCUCAACAACUUCGACCAAAAGACCCAGGCUACACAGAAGGCGCAAGUCGUCGACCAGAAGCUGGGCGUGACAAACAAGGGCUACGCUGCCUUCAACAUGAUGACCAGCUACUUUGACAAGGCCGCAUCUACACCCACUGGACAGAAGCUUCGUGCUUUCUACGACCAGGGAAACAAGACUGUCAUGGACGUCCACAACGAGGCUAGGCAUCUGGCAGACCUUAAGAAGCAGAAGCCUGCUGGUGAGGAGGGUGCUGCCGCUACCGCCGAGAGCAGCGAGAAGCCCGCCCAGGGUCAAAGCGAGAAGGGCGCAGACUCCUACGCUGCCGCUGCCGCUCCUACUUCCUAG